UGGAUUCUUAUCGCCAGAUUUUCCAACAGUGACGAUAAGAACUGGAUGCGAGACGAUGGACACUGGUGGUAUGACCAAAAUGUCCCCAUAGGAACACCUGAUCCGUCAGUCAAUGCUGACAUGAUCUCACCGGCUUUCUGGUUGGCCAGCGGCAACGAUUUUAAGAUCACGCGUAGUGAUGACUCCAGUCACGUGCCACUAUUGCGGACUAAAAAUAACUGUCUGGGUGGACAAACAUUCCGCUCAAAAAUCACAAGUUAUGGCGACUUUAGAAACGGCACGGUGUGGUCCAACGACGCAUGCCUGGGAAGAUGCAUGAUUCAGUAUGCUGGUCAGUACUAUUCAACAGACGGGUUUGAUCUGGCUUGGUGCGAUGGUGAUCUGCAAGCCAGCAACAAGAUCGGCUUCUGGUGUCACUGGGGUACUGGUGAUGGGUCCGUCCUGAUGAUUGGUGGAGGAGGAGAUUUGUGUUCACGUGCUGAUCACGGGAUUGGAAUAACAGAAGCUAACUAUGCUUCUUUUGUUGAAGAAAGCAGCUUCCAAACUGAAUAUGAUUUUGGAUUCGAUGCUGAAGCACAAUAUGCUCCAACCCAGAGCUACGCUUUAAACCUAUGGAUCCUUUGAUCCCAUUAAAUAUCGCUAAUACACCCAAACACAAGUUAAAAGUGACUUAACGAGCGAAAAGGAAUAUCAAGUUGUAACGUGCUGUAAGUUGUGUCUGAUAUAAGCAUUUUCUAUUUGCUCUCUUGUUGGUCUGAUACAGCAAACAGGCUUUACUUUUUGUGGAAUAGUGCUUGUAAGGUAUUUAUGUCAAUUUCUACUUUGCUUACAAAGUAUAAGAAUUGCAGGCGUAGAGUUGUAGGUAUUGUUUGUAGGAUUUUGUAGUACUCUUUUGUUUACUUUGCCAAUAAAAACUACAAAAUUAGCCAGACCAUUCCAUUUUAAAGCCCCACGUUUUACUUUUUGAAGCCUCUGCUUUAAAAACAGUUUAGCCCAGCGGCUUUUAAUAAGUGAAAAAUUUCCUCGAAUACAAACUGAACGGAAUUGUGAUGGCGAGACGUGAACCGUCAUAACGUUUUUAUUCUGGAGAAUUAUUCUUUAAGCUGCAGGGUAAUAGAGUGAUUCUACUUGAACCGUGAACAGAUAUUAACAUUUAGUGCAAAACAGCAAGAGGUAAACAAAAAAGGCAAUGGAAUUAGUGCAAAAUAGUGCGUAGUAUAAGACCACUACUUGUUUCCCGAGUUAAGUAAAAUCACUCCGCUAUCAUAACAGAAAGCCAUUCUAGGUGGGUAUAUUUUUUUUUCCCAUUCACCGCUGUGAUUCGGCUUAAUACACCGUGGCUUUGUUGUUAAAAGUUUUGAAUGAUCCCAGUCCGAUGAUCACAUUCUUCGUACUCUCACAUUGACUUGGUACUACUAUGUUGUCUCGUUGUCUGACUAACAGGGUCCCUUCCCCUCUAUAAUUCUCUGCUCGAUACAUUUUCACCGGCACAGGAUUAAUUUUGUAUCCUUAUUCCAGACAUAAGGUAAUACGAACACACUUUAAGAGCUGAAACCUUAAGGGUAAUAGCGGACCUAUCCUCUUGUGUUUUGACAUGAUUGCCGCAAUUGCCACCCAUCUUUCUCCGAUAUAAAGAGAGGAGAAGUACGACGUCACUUUACCAUGGUAGCAAAAUCUCUGUAUCGCAACAAACUCUCUUGAUAGAGACGGCCAUUUGCAUUAUCGAACGUUAGGACAAAAGUUGUUCCUGAUUGCAAUCAUGCACCGGAAAGUCAUGUCAAUUUUUUCGGUUUUCCUUUCUGCUAUAUUUAGAGGACCACGGUUUGUUGAGAUCCAGAAAUCUUGCUCCCAUGGCAACAUGUCGAAACGAGUUUCUCCUCUCCAUAGAAAUCACAGAAUAACAGAGGUAACCUCGGUUUGAAGUUUUCAGAGUCUUCCCAAAGUGUUAUGGGGACAGGUACCCCCUGCGGACAAUGACAUGUGUUUGAUCGACACUGUAUGUCUCCGCCCUCGUUGUAGUUGCUGUGUUACAGGAUUAUUACGACGUUUUUUUUUCCCGGCGCGUUGUGAUCGAGCAUCCUUGUAGCAUUCAGUCACUAAUAAAGGACUCAGGAUCAUGUGUUUAUGGCCAAGUCAAACAAUCAAAAGAAGCUCACGUGUUGUUAAAAUUAUAAUCCAAAUGAGUUAAAAGGGGAUGUGUCGCGGCAGUCCAGUUCAUUUUGUUUAAUUUUGCCAAUUACUCGCCCUCAAUCGCUAUGGAACUUAAAGUAAGCAAAGAAACUACACGUAAAUGACAAAAUCAGAGAUCCGAGACAAAGAAAUAUGUCUCCUGAGCAUUGUUUUUGAAGUUGCAAGCAGCAGGGACCAACUUUGAAAAACUGUUAGGCUGAGCAGUUUUCAAAAACCCUAAUUUCAAUCCGUUUCAGUCCUCUUCAGUUUUCCCCAUCCGUGGCAUCUGUUGUUUCUGUUACGUUGUUUUAACCUUCCUUUAAAGUUUUAAGUGGCUAUUUUUAUGUUUCUCUUAAUUUAAAGGGCAUUUUGUAAUUUCCUAAUUUGGCUGAAUUUCGUGACACAGCUCCUUUAAGGCGUAUGUCAGUACGACCGAUCGCAAGAAACAGGAGGUCUUGAAGUUUUUCUAAAAUCAGUCGCAAAGAAAUAUUUUAACUUACUGCAAUCGAUUGAUCGCCAUAAACAAGAGGUUUUAACGUGAAAUCAGUAGAAAGGAAAUAAUUUAACUUGCUGCGUCCUUUCGUUUAGAGGCUCAUAAAAGUCGUGUUUUGUUAAAACACAAAAGGCAGGUUUAUUCGAUUCCUGCCUCACUUCCUAGAUCAGUGCCAAAGUUUCUCUUUGAUAGUAUCAGCCAACGUUUUUUUCCUCUCGAAUUUUACGGUACUGAUAUUAUCAUGUUAAAAAAGAUCACAAUAAAGUUUAGUUAUAACGCGCACUCCGAUCGGUUGAAAAAACGUGCUUCAAUUCACAGUAUAAAAAACGGAAUUAAAGCUGUCAUGCCGCCUGCCAAAAGUUUCUUUUAAAAAUUAGAAAGCCUGUAGGCAUUCACUACAGCGGAAAUUUGCACAGUCAAGUCUUCUUUAUUUGUUAUAGCAAUGGCCUGUAAGUUCUUUCGAAUUUACACCUAGGACAGCGUGGUGAUAUGGGCCUAAUUCAAAAAAACACACAUCACUAUUAUCGUUGUUAUGCUAAAGAUGUUUAGCCAGCAGCUUGCACAGCAAGUGAAUAACGAUUCACCUUGUUUAAUCAGUUUGUUUAAUUGCAACAUGUGUUGAUUAAAUAAAUCAGCUUAAACUAACACUAAAAAUUUGGGAUGUUUGCCAAACGUUUUUCAUAAGACGUAAUAAAAAUAAAUGUCCGUGGCUAGGGGUUUACCAUGAAAUAAUAUUUUUUUUAAAUGUUUCCUGUCUGUAGAGGGUCUCCCUCGGCUAUAUUGACAACCUUACACCCUAAUUGUGUUUUAAUUUAUCUGUCUUUCUCACAUCACUUUCGAAGAACAAAAAUGAUUUCCUCGCAAUUUUAUUUAGUUUAGUUUUAAUAAAAUGAGAUGUAACAGACUUUAAAACACGUCAAUCAAGUUUCGAUUAUCGACUUUUGCUAAGUGAUAUCUAAGAACGAAAUGUACAUUCUUCAUGAUUAUAAAUGACAGCUUCACAAUCAAAAUCUCACGUACACCACCACUUUAAACUUUUAGUUCGGAAAGUCUCGUGUAACAUGCUUUUUUCACUCAUCAUUUGUUGCAUAGCUGCGACGGUAAUUGCAGCAGACGAAAACUACAGAUCUGGCUACUUAAUAAUAAGGGAAAACAAGUAUUUUGCAGGUCAAGUUGCUAAACAAACUAAUUCGCCCAGUCUCAUGUCAUGCGUUCAGGAGUGUUUAAGACGCCCCUGGUGUACCUCUAUCAACUUUAAAGAAGCCUUCCUUGAAAAAAGUAGCAGUGGAAAUUGUGAACUAAACAAGCACGACUUCUCUGCAAUAAACUUUGAUUCCGGAAAGCUUACUCAACAACUAGGCACUACCUUUACAAUGUUCCUUAAGGUAAGAAAAUCUACAACGUUGCCUUGGUCAAUGUGUAAAAAAACUGUUACGUUCAGCCUUCGUCCCUUAGGUCUAGUUACAAAAAUCCCGUAGAAUGGGCUAAAAAUCUAUGGCAAAUUAUAAAAAUGUGUAUAAAUCCCAAUUUUAUCUCUAAAACUCUCGAAAUGUAUUCUGAAAAUCCCGAUUUAUCCCAAUUUUUUUUUCGAAAUAUAAUCACAAAAUUUGCAUAAAAUGCGGGAUUCUUGUGACCUGUGAAAUUUGACCACAGGUCCUCGGUCAAAUUGCCUGCAAACACCUUAAAACGAUUCCAAAUGAUAAUUUAUUUACUAAACAAUGUAGUGGUUUGUCUCGUGAAAUGUCAGUAGUUUGACAUUUCAUGUGGCAUGACCGAGGCCAAUUGCAAAAACAUGACAACUGUAUUUUUCUAAACAUUAUAUUAUCGUCUAAAAUUCCUAAAUUUUCUUAAAAUUUUCUAAAAAUCCCAAGUGACUCUAAAAAUCCUAAAAAAAAUCCGGAUUUUUGUAGCUGGGCUUAUUGUCCCUUUCUUCUCUCUUGAUAGUUUGGGGUUUGAGAGAUACAGUCAAAACAUGAUCUAGCUUUGGUGGCAUAGCAAGCCAAUCACGAAUUACUUUCAUAUAAUUUAACUAAGUUCCUAUGACAGCGCACUGGUCUUUCUCAAAUUUAUAGUUAACAACAUGAUAUUGAAUAGAUGUUGUAAUUUUUGUAAAUUAUUUGAAGGGUUGGUUAGGGUUAGGGUUGUGAAGAAUGAGUCGCUGUACGGUGUUGCCUAUGGUACUGACAAAAGAACAACGUUCCGAUCUGGAAUUUAUAUGUGACAAUCCGCAAAAAGAUUUUCGCUUCUCUUUUCUGUAGGUAUUAGAGAUCUCUUCGAAAAUAAACUCUCUGAUAUAGAUAAAAAGCUAAAUGCUUUGGUUGUAGCAUGUCAGUUGGAUAUUUAUUUUUUCGUUUUCGGCAGGGCUGUCUUGUGAACGGAUGCUUAAAUAAAGGUUCUUGUAUGUUUGACCAAGAAAAGGAAACUUUUGUUUGUUCAUGCAAACAACCAUGGAGAGGAGAAAGAUGUGAACUGGGUAAGCGUACACGCUAUGCAAUUUUAUUCACAGCAAGAUCGUUAUUUGUUUUUCAUUAUCAUUUGGAAAUCUAUACUGCUAUGGCCGUAUUUCUUUACCGUGGCUUAAGCGGUUAUAUGUUUAUGUUACAAUUAAUUUGUUGUCGGCCCGGUAAAUUGACUAGUAGGCAUAGCAGUAGCAAUAGCAGUAGCAUUAGCAGUAGCAGUAGCAGUAGUAGUAGCAGUAGCAGUAGUAGUAGCUAGCAAUAGUAGUAGCAUUAGCAGUAGCAGUAGCAGUAGCAGUAGCAUUAGCGGUAGCGGUAGCAUUAGCAUUAGCGGUAGCAGUAGCAGUAGCAGUAGCAGUAGCAGUAGCAGUAGCAGUAGCAUUAGCGGUAGCGGUAGCAGUAGCAGUAGCAGUAGCAGUAGCGGUAGAGGUAGCAGUAGCAGUAGCAGUAGCAGUAGCAGUAGCAGUAGCAGUAGCAGUAGCAGUAGCAGUAGCAGUAGCAGUAGCAGUAGCAGUAGCAGUAGCAGUAGCAGUAGCAGUAGCAGUAGCGGUAGCAGUAGCAUUAGCGGUAGCAGUAGCAGUAGCAGUAGCAGUAGCAGUAGUAGUAGCAGUAGUAGUAGUAGUAGUAGUAGUAGUAGUAGUAGUAGUAGUAGUAGUAGUAGUAGUAGUAGUAGUAGUAGUAGUAGUAGUAGUAGUAGUAGUAGUAGUAGCAGUAAAUGUUGUUGUUGUACAGUGAUUGUUUCAUGUCAGUGCUCUUAGCUUCUUUAAGAGUUUUAGUUUAAACGUUCCCUUUUGUCCCUUAUUCUGAAAAGAUUACAAGCUAUAUUAUAAGUUUAGCUGUUUUGCGACCAAAAAACUCUGCUACAUCAUUAAGGUUUCGCUUCAAUCACAGAGGACGUGACAACUAUAAUGGCAAUAUGUCAUUAUAUUUCACAUAUUUAUCUCUGAAUUAUCUGCGACUGAAAAAUCGAACUUGAAAAAGGUUAUUAUCAGGUUUUUUAAAGGCCACGCGAGGGGAACUCCUUUUCUCGCCUUGCACGCGUGAUCUUAAUUGAGAUUUCUCACUUCCACCCUUAAAGAAACCAGCCCCUGCAACCCAGGCUACGUUGACCUCGAUUGAGCCUACAAAGUUCGGUAAAGAUCGAGGCUAACAGAAUUUAAACAGUGUGCGACCUAUGAUAUUGCGAUGCAUUCCAGUCUUUUUUAAACGGGGUUUAUUAUUUUUGUUCAGUUCAACACUCGUCAUGUGAAGCUGUUACAACAGAUGGAAUAUACCAACUAAAAGUGAAAUUGCUACAAUUUGAGGUAAGCUUUAUCAGAGGCUAUUAAAUUUUUCAUGAUUACCGAUCAGUCUGGUUCUCUGUCUUAAAUCUCUGAUUUUGAGUGCGUAAGCGAACUCUUUCAAGUGUACAUAAUACCAUGGUGCAUCCUGACCUCGCUAUACAGACAGCCUAAGUAUUUCCGUAUACAAUUCAGGUCUGCUAUUAUGAUUAUAUCGAAAUUCCUUUUCCAAGAGAAAAAAAAUCGGGGGGCUACUCAACAAACCUUUUUACACAGGUUCGACCCCUUUCCCUUUUACGCGUCAUUUUGACAGAAAAGGUACCCCCCGCCCUUUCAUAUACCUUAUAAUGACAAAUGGUACCCCUUUCACUUACCAAGUUUACAACUUUGCAUCCCUUUUAACUUUUAAAGGCAAUGUAUUUUAAAUGAUAAUCACAAACCAGAAAGUUUUUCUGACUGUCUGACAACGAUAAAAUGCAUUUGGUUUCUCUUAUGGACCUUCCAUCAACCGGAAAUGACAGAUUCCCCACCCUGAGGCCUGUAAUAGGUACCCCUACCGGAUGAGGGGCCUCCCCGUACAGGUCAAUAGGGAACUUACGAUCCGACAACGGCGACGUCCAUGAAAACGUCGCUGAAAAAUAGACUUCACAUCCUUUCAAUUUAUUUCGCGAUUAUUCCAAGUGGCUCAGUUAUUUAAAAGAAGGGGAUUUGGGUUGAAGCUGAAAAGAAGCGACCGCGCCCAAGUUCUGACAUAGAUGGCAGAAUUUAUCGCCUUAGCGUUCCCGUUCAAGAUUUAGUCAUUUUACGUCAUAGUUAUGUAGGGGCUGCAAAGAAAUGUACAAAAAGCAUGAUGCACUUGCAGAGUUGUUGUUUUGCUCAUUUAACCUAUUGCUUUUUUGAGGUUCCCGUUGCCGUCGCCGUCAUAGUUUAGUAAGGUCCCUAUUAUAGGGAAUACCCUCCGGAAAAAAUAAAUAAAACUAAAAAUGAACUCUUUAUCUGCAGGUCUAUUGUGACGUCACAGAUCAAGGUAAACCAUGGACUCUAAUUGCAAGAUUUUCUAACUUUGAUAAAGUGUCCUGGAUAAAUGAUGAUAGACUUUGGUGGUAUGACCAAAACGUUACCAUAGGAACAACAAGCGAUCCUUCAAAUAAUACGGACAUGAUCUCACCAGCUUUCUGGUUGGUUCGAGGCUACGAGUUUAGGAUCACGCGCAGUGAUGAUUCCAGUCACACGCCACUGUUGCAGACCACAGGAAACUGUUUGGGUGGAAAAACAUUUCGAUCAAAAAUCACAAGUUAUGGUGACUUUAGAAAUGGCAAGGUUUGGUCCAAACACAGGUGCAAGGGAAGCUGUACGGUUCAAUAUGGCGGUCAGUACAAGACAACAGAGGGGUUUCAACAGGCUGAGUGCAGUGUAGGCAACAUCCAAAGCAGCAACAAGAUCGGCUUCUGGUGUAGCUAUGGAGUUUCACCUCUAGAAUACGUACUUAAAUCUAUCAUGAUGAUUGGUGGUGGAGGUUCAGGCUGCGCACAUGCUGAUCACGGGAUUGGAAUAACUGCGAAAGCAAAAGGUUCCGGAACUAAAUAUAAAUAUGACUUUGGGAAUAGCGCUAAUUCAUCAUAUCCACCACCAUCCCAAUCCUACUCAUUAAACUUAUGGAUCCGCUGA